UGUCACGUCUUAGAAUCCACACUGGCUGACAGCUAUUUGCUGACAGCCAUUGGUCACGUGGUUUGCCUGUGCUGGGUGACGUCAUCUUGUGCGCCGAAUGUCCCGGCGCAGGUUGUCACGGGAAGGACGGAGACAUGUUUUCAAGUGCAGCGUCCCGAGGCCUGAGGCUCACAGGCAAAAUAUGCUCCGGAAGAGUGGCCCAGAUUCAUGUCAGCUCCAGGCACAGCCUGCUCUAUGGCUACUGGGCAUAUGUACUGGGAGAAAGAACCACCAAACGAUUCGGGCCAAACAGCAAGAUUAUUACAGUUGAUGGAAACUUGGCAUCUGGCAAGGGACAAAUAGCAAAGAAACUGGCAGACAGACUUGGUAUGCGAUACUUUCCUGAAGCAGAUGAACAUUACUUAGACAAAACAACUGGAGAUGGAAGCAUCCUGCCGUCAAAGUUUAGUGGAAAUUGCAGCCUGGACAAAUUUUAUGAUGACCCGAAAUGUCCUGAUGGAAACUCAUAUCGUUUGCAGUCCUGGAUGUAUAGUGUGCGCCUCAUGCAGUAUUCCGAUGCUUUGGAGCAUCUUCUGAGUACAGGGCAGGGAGCAGUACUGGAACGUUCUCCAUUCAGUGACUUUGUGUUCCUGGAAGCAAUGUAUAAGAAUGGAUACAUCCGCAAGCAGUGUAUUGAUCAUUACAAUGAAAUCAAAGGUAACAGUAUUGAUGAGUUUUUGCCUCCUCACCUGGUUAUCUAUGUGGAUGUUCCUGCUGCUGAAGUGCACAAGAAAAUCUUGGAGAGAGGACAUACUUCUGAAAAAAAAGUUGCCUUGCCAUACCUUCAGAGUAUUGAAAACACCUAUAAAGAAUCUUUCCUUCCACAGAUAAGGAUUGAGAUCCUGAAGCCACCAUUGAAGCCGGUGUCUCGUCUCUCUGCUGAGAAAAAACUUCUUCUCCAAGGAAGAAGGCUGGCGAUCCCAUCUGAGGAGAACCUCCGCCUGAAGGGGCCUCAUGAAUUAGUAACGGACAACAAACCUUCACUCUCCUACGCAGGGAAUUCUGAGAUUCUGAAGUACACUGGGAAUGAGGCGCAGGAUGUAGAGAAGGUAGUUGAAGACAUUGAAUACCUGAAGUUUGACAAGAGCCCAUGGACAGAACAGAAUGACGUCACCUAUCAUCAUCUGCGCAUGUUUGUGGAGGACAAAGACAAAGUUGCCAGUCUGAUAACUGUGCCUAGUUACAUCCCAGAAAUCACAAUCGGUGCAUCAGAGUAUGAUUCAGCCUACUAUCAGUACCGAUCGCUACCUGGAAGAAAAUAUACAAAGGGCUACAAUGCAGAUAUUGGGGACAAAAUGAUCUGGCUAAAGUAAACCAUUUGGGACUGAGAACUGCAAGCAAGAACCCUACACUACAAAGUAGUAGUCUUCUCUCUGACAGAAUGUGUUGUUCCCAUACCUAAAUAAAGUCUAUUUAAAUUUUU